AUGUCACAUCAACUUGAUUGCCAAGAAUUGGGCAAAUCUCAGUCCCUGAAUCCGGCUAUUUCUACAUCCGAAUCUGCAACACUGAAUGCCAACAUCAUCAGUGCUUCGGACAACAGUUUACUCCACGAGUUUCUCAUACCACUUUCAUCUUCAUCUUCCACCACAGCCCAGUCAUCAUCUAUCACAACCCAGUAUGCUUGCAGUUCAAAUAGCUGUGUUGAAAAAUUAAUGAAUCCAACAAAUCUGGGUUCAAAUAACUGUGUGAAAAAAUUGGUGAUUUCAACAAAUCUGGGUUCAAAUAAUCGCGUGGAAGAAUCGGUGCAUUCAACAAAUCUGGUGUUGGCAAAUAAUUCAACAGCAUUUGUUAGGAAUUCAAACGAUACUUUCGUUCCAAUUUCUGCUACUGAUAUGAUUCCAAAUUAUACUGCAGAACACGAGACUGUCAAUGUUACUGCAAUUCCAAUGUCGUGCCAAACUAAUGGCGUCAUAAGUACUCUUCAACUUUCAUCUGCUGCAAUGCCAUUUACGGAUCCGCUUAAUUCAUCACAAGUUGCAUUAAGUGAUGACGCAAUGCGGCACAAAGAAGCAAUAGAAAAGAACGCCGAAACUGUAACUAAUACAAAUGAAAAUUCACCACCAUUGAUGACAUCUUUGAGAACAUCGCUAGCAAUUCGAUGUUUGAAACGACGAAAUGAUAGCGAACAUCAAUCAUCGGAACAAUACAACGGAUCCGGUGUAAAACGAUCAACAAGAAGUGAAGUUUUUCAAACAUAUUCCGGAAUGCAACUUUUAUCACCAAGUCCAUUGCAACAAUCACAACCAGCGGCUAUUUCUACUUCCACAUCUGCAUCUGUCGCAAUGCCAACUGUAGGAAUGUCAGUUUUACCUAAUUCGUCGCAAAUUGCAUUAAGCAAUGACGCAAUAAGGUACCAAGAAGCAGUAAGAAAGGAUACCGAAACCGGAACCAAUAUCAAUGGAAAUUUAUCACCACUGCUAACAUCUUCAAGUCAGUCGUGGAAGCACUGCAACGGAUUUGGUAUGAAAGGGCCGGCAAGAAAUAGAAUUUUUCAUACGUAUUCCGAAAUGCAACCAAUGUCAACAAAUCCAUUGCAACAACCACUACAACCAACCGAUUUUACAUCGGUUCCAUAUUGCACUGAGUCAGCUUCGGUUCACACGGAGCAUUGUUCAAGCGGUUAUGUCAUUAACACUCUUGAAGGUGAGAUGUCAAACGACUUGAACCUUGACAUACCGUUAUACUCAGAAAUUGAUCCAGACAGUACGAUUCAACCAC